CACCAAACAUUCACGCCAAACAAAUCUUCGGCAAAGCUUUUGUAAUCAGGGUGACCAACUAAAAUACAGAGUUAAAAAAUACUCGUAAUUCAUGAAACACAUUUUCCGUACGCAUACACGUUAGAAGUCGGUUUUAAAGAACUCCGGAGUUUCGUUGCUAUAAGAAUUUUGUGUGACGUUAAUAGUAUAUACAUACUAAUAGUUUAUCAAUAAAUACUUAUAUCUACAAUUAGAUAAGUUACAAACAUAAUGAUGUAAUAUAUGUGCAAUUGAAAUAUUUAAUUGGACAGGGGUAAUUAAGUACAUGCACAGUGUCAAUAUAUCUUUGUUUUUGAUGUAAACUAUUAUGAUUACUAUGAUACCAAUUUACUUACUUCGCAUACAAAUUUAAUAUUAGAAUUCAUCACAGCAUCAUAUUUAUAAAUCAUAAACACAAUUAUCUUAUUAUAAUAUAAUUUAUUAUAAUGUUUAAAUUUCGGAGUUCCAUCAUACUAGGCAAUCAGUUCCUCAAGUUAUUUUGUAAAAACAAAUUACAUAAACAUAAUUUUAUGAAAAAAUAUUGUUCCAUCUUAAUAGCUUGCACUCAUGAUUUGGCUAUUACAAAACAAGACCUGACAAAACAAUAUGUACAACCUGUUAACAAAUUUGUUUCAAGGACUCAUACGUGUGGUGAAUUAAACAUUCAAAAUGUGGGAGAGAAUGUUCAGCUAUGCGGGUGGAUAUCAUAUCUAAGAAUGGACAAAUUUAUAAUAUUAAGAGAUGCUUAUGGUCUUACACAAUUCAUAAUACCAAAUAAUAGAAAUGACUUGAAAGAGCUGGUUAGUAGUCUGUUUCUUGAAAGUGUAUUAAAUAUAGUGGGUACAGUGUACGAGAGACCAGAGGGACAAAAGAAUAAAAACUUGAAAACUGGAGAUAUUGAAGUGCAUAUAGAAUCCUUGGAAAUUUUGAAUUUAGCAAAACCAGAUCUUCCAUUUUCUAUUGCAAAAUCCACCAAAGCAAAGGAAAGUACGCAAAUGAAACACAGAUAUUUGGCUCUGAGAUAUCCCGAAUUGCAAAAGAAUCUAAGAUUACGUUCUCAAGUUAUAGGAAAGAUGAGAGAAUACUUAAUUAAAGAAUGUAAUUUCGUGGACAUAGAAACGCCAACAUUAUUUAAAUGUACUCCUGGAGGAGCCCAAGAAUUCAUUGUUCCGACACAACAUUCAGGACAGUUUUAUUCUCUAACCCAGAGUCCUCAACAGUUUAAGCAAUUAUUAAUGAUUGGCGGAUUUGACAGAUAUUUUCAGGUUGCUAGAUGUUACAGAGAUGAAACUGCCAGACACGAUAGGCAACCUGAAUUUUCGCAGCUAGAUUUAGAAAUGUCAUUUGUUGAUUGCAAUGGGAUAAUAGAAUUAAUUGAGAAUUUAUUAAUGUAUUCUUGGCCUGAAGAAGCAGAACCUAUAGCCAGUCCUUUUAAACGACUCAAAUUUAAUGAAGCAAUGGAACUGUACGGUUCAGACCGGCCAGAUUUAAGGAUACCAUAUCAACUUUGUAGGCUUACAAAUGCAGUUGACCCUUCUAUAAUGGAAGAGACCUUAAAAAUAAAGUGGAAUGAGAAUCUUGAAAUUUAUGCUUUAGUUUUUCCCAAUCAACAUAAUUUUCUUACAAAAUCUACCAGAGAAUCUAUCUCCAAACUACAGUGCGAAUGUGGUUCUGCAAAAUUAAUUCAAUUAAAAAUACUUCAGAAAUCAUCAGCAGCAGCAUCAAAUAAAAUUUAUUCCACUUUUGUAGAAGGAAAUAUGAGGGAAAAACUAAAUUUAAAGGAUGGGGAUGUUUUGUUCUUAGCUUGCGGGGAGAAGUCUAUCACGCAAACACUAUUAGGAAGAGUACGUGUGCAAUUCACGAAUAUAUUAGAGAGCUCAGGGCAAACAAUUCGAACUCCUGGCAAUGAAAUGUUAUGGAUCACUGAUUUCCCAUUAUUUUCAAUUAAUGAUGAGACAAAUGAACUAGAAGCUACACAUCAUCCAUUCUCGCAACCUCAUCCAGAUGAUAUUCAGUAUCUUUCUGAAGAUCCAACAAGAGUAAGAGGGUUGCAUUACGACUUGGUUAUAAAUGGCUGUGAGAUUGCAGGAGGAUCGAUACGAAUUCACGAACCGUCUUUGCAAAGACAAAUAUUAAAAAUGUUAAAUAUAGAUGAGUCAUUAUUGGAACAUAUGCUUGAUGCCUUGGAGUGUGGUGCACCUCCCCAUGGUGGAAUCGCCAUAGGAUUGGACCGUUUAAUGUCCUUGCUGUGCAAUACAGAGAGUAUAAAAAGUGUAAUAGCAUUUCCAAAAACUUCAGAAGGUCGUGAUAUGAUGUCAGGAGCACCAGUUUCAAUCUCUGAUAAGGAUAAAGCAUUAUAUCAUAUACAAAUAACAAAAUAAUAAAAUAAUUGUAAAAUAUUUUUUAUCUUUUGAAUAUAAUAUAAAAAUAAUUUAAAAGAAAUUAUAUUGAAUGUAGGAAGUGUUAUGAAAAAAUGAUCAUUUUGAAAAACAAAAUCUAAAUGUUCAUUUUCAUUCUAAAAAUAAGAAACCUGGUGAUCACGACCUUUUUCAAUGAUCAUUCCUAUUAUUUUCAAGAUCAAUCUAUUUUAUUAGAUAUAAAACUAUGAAAUGAAUACGACUUUAAACCUUAAUCUUAAAAA